UUAAAUUCUCUGGCGACUAUGAAAAGCCACGAUGAGACGUCGAAAAUAGCUUCGACGGAGGAGGAAACGAGAGUAGAAGACGAAGACGACACAAGCAUGGAAGAAGAAAGCGAUAGUGAUACCGAUAGCGGACGCGCAUGGAGUGUCGAGGCAGAAGACGAUGAUGAAGUCGUGAAACCUCCCAACUAUUUAAACAUGCAAGAUCCGGAUCCGGAGUGGGAUGUGGACAGCUACGACGGUUACGAAUUGGUAUUCGAUGCUGACGGCCGUGAAGGCUUCCCCAACGACGAGGAGUACGAAGACUUCCGCGCGUAUAAAACCAAGGCCUGGAAGAAUAGGGGGUUUUUAGAAGAUCCAUUCAGAUCCAUCUACGCUAUUGUAGAUCUGGAAGAUAUUUGGUCAGACAGGAUAACCGUGACUACGAGGGAACAUUUGGCAAAUAUUGCUUCCUUGUGUGUUAAGAAACUCAACGAGGAGAAGGGUUCGUCUGUGGAAGUUGUAAGCAUUGUGAGGGCCAAUCUAAAACCAGGAGGUGGGUAUAAGCUCUACAUCACCUUUAUGGCUCGAGAGCAUCCCGAUGGUCCUCUCGUGGAGUAUCAAGCCAAGGCCAUGGAUUUUGCAGGAGGCAGAAAACCUACAUUUCCCAUUCUCUGCAGACCAGCUUCUAGCAUAUCCUCCCAUUCUCUGCAGACCAGCUUCUAGCAUAUCCUAAUCUAUGAAUUGCAUUAGGUAUCUUUACUAUUCAGUGUAACUACUUAUAGUAGCUGCGAUAUUUUUUUUGGAAUUACUUAUGAACUUUGGGAUACUUGACAAUCGUGCACUGAGGGGAGAUGCUUACUAUCAGAUAACAUGAUCAUGUUUACUUAACUCAUAUGACGUUAGGUUGUUGAUUAAUAAGUUUCUGUUUAUUUGGACUAAUAAAUUUGGAGCAUUCUCUU